GCUCGGCUCCCGCACAUCCGCCGGCGCCCGGCGGCCGAGCGGGGGGAGCGGUGCCGGUGCCGGCGGGCUCGGCCCGCGCAGCAGGCGGCGGCGGGGCCGCCAUGAACCGCGGCGGAGCGGGGGCGGCGCCCGCCUUCCCCGGCCCCGUGCAGUUCCCCGGCAGCACCACGGUGCUGGUGGAGCUGACGCCCGACAUCCACAUCUGCGGCAUCUGCAAGCAGCAGUUCAACAACCUGGACGCCUUCGUGGGGCACAAGCAGAGCGGCUGCCAGCUCACCAGUGCCACGGCCGGCGCCACCAGCACCGUCCAGUUCGUGUCCGAGGAGACUGUGCCCAGCACACAGGCUCAGAGCACGAGCAGGACCAUCGCCUCCGAGACACAGACCAUCACAGUUUCUGCCCCAGAGUUUGUUUUUGAGCAUGGCUACCAAACCUACCUGCCCAGCGAGAGCACAGAGCCUCCAGCUGCUGCUGUCGUCUCCACACCACCGAAAGCAAGGUCCAAGAAACCCUCCUCCUCAGUGCCCCUGAAGAAACUCAGCUGCCUGUACCCAGGGUGCCAGUUCAAGACUUCCUAUGGUAUGAAGGAUCUGGAACGUCAUCGGCGAACACACACAGGAGACAAGCCCCACAAGUGCGAGGUGUGCAGCAAGUGCUUCAGCCGCAAGGACAAGCUGAAGAUGCACAUGCGCUCGCACACGGGCGUGAAGCCCUACAAGUGCAAGCACUGCGAGUACGCGGCGGCCGACAGCAGCAGCCUCAACAAGCACCAGCGCAUCCACUCCAACGAGCGCCCCUUCAAGUGCCAGAUCUGCCCCUACGCCAGCCGCAACUCCAGCCAGCUCACCGUGCACCUGCGCUCGCACACAGGAGACGCCCCUUUCCAGUGCCAGCUGUGCCCCGCCAAGUUCAAGAUCAACUCGGACCUGAAGCGGCACCUGCGGGUGCACUCGGGGGAGAAGCCCUACAAGUGCGAGUUCUGCGAGGUGCGCUGCGCCAUGAAGGGCAACCUGAAAUCCCACGUGCGCAUCAAGCACAGCAUGGAGAACACCCUCAAGUGCCCCGAGUGCGACUUCCAGUGCGGCAACAAGACCAGCCUGAGGCACCACAUCCGCAGCCACCAGCCCGAGCAGCCCGUCAAGUGCUCCGAGUGCAGCUACUCGUGCUCCAGCAAGGCGGCCCUCAAGGUGCACGAGCGCAUCCACGGCAAGGAGCGCCCCUUCAAGUGUGACUUCUGCACCUUCGACACCAAGCAGCGCAGCAACCUCACCACCCACGUCCGCAAGGCCCACGGCGACAAGGCCAAGGGCAGGAAGCACUCGCUGGACAAGAAGGAAGGAGAGAGGCCGAAGCAGGGCGGCUCCAGGCAGGUUGCCAAGCUGGAUGCCAAGAAGGCCUUUAAGUGUGACCUGUGCGACGCGUCCUUCGUGCGGGAGGACUCCCUGCGCAGCCACAAGAAGCAGCACAGCCUGUACAACGGCUCCAAGGGCGGCGAGCUGGCCGUGCUGCAGCUCCAGAUGGAUCCUGGCCGCCAGCCCAGCGCCCCCAUCACCGUCAGCCACCUCCAGGUGCCUCUUCAGGCCGCUCAGGUGGCCCCGUACAACGAGGGCAGAGUCAAGAUCAUCGUGGGCCACCAGGUGCCUCAGGCCAACAGCAUCGUCCAGGCCGCCUCUGUGAACGUGGUGCCCCCGGGGCUGCUGGGCACGGGGCAGGAGGAGGUGCUGGGCAGCGGCCGCCUGCAGCUGCUGGGCCAGGUCAGCGUGCUGGCCCCAGCCCCGGUGGCCGCGGGGGACGCGGGGCCCGUGGCGGAGCCGGCCGUGCUGCUGAGCGCCCAGGAGCAGGGCGAGGGCAGCGCCCUGCACCAGGCCCUGCUCCCCGGGGCUGCCCCCGGGCACGAGCCCCCCGCCAGCCAGGCCUUCAUCGCCAGCUCCGGCAUCAGCUGCUCCGACCUGGAGGGGCUCAACGCCCUCAUCCAGGAGGGGGCCACGGAGGUGACCGUGGUCAGUGACGGCGGGCAGAGCAUCACCGUGUCCACGGCUGCUCCUCCUCCCCCCAUCUUCUCGUCCUCCUCCCACACGGAGGGCCCCAAGCAGAGCUAUUCCAUCAUCCAGAGCGGGGCUCACACGGCACUGCUGUGUCCCGCAGACUCCAUCCCCGAUUAGGGGCUGCUCUGCAACAGGGGCUGCUCUGGGCACAGAGAGUGCCCUGGAACAGGGGCUGCUCUGGGCACAGGGGCUGCUCUGGGCACAGGGAGUGCCCUGGAACUGGGGCUGCUCUGGGCACAGGGAGUGCCCUGGAACAGGGGCUGCUCUGGGCACAGGGGCUGCUCUGGGCACAGGGAGUGCCCUGGAACAGGGGCUGCUCUGGGCACAGGGAGUGCCCUGGAACAGGGGCUGCUCUGGGCACAGGGAGUGCCCUGGAACUGGGGCUGCUCUGGGCACAGAGAGUGCUCUGGGCACAGGGGCUGCUCUGGGCACAGGGGCUGCUCUGGAACAGGGGCUGCUCUGGGCACAGGGAGUGCCCUGGAACAGGAGCUGCUCUGGGCACAGCGAGUGCCCUGGAACAGGGGCUGCUCUGGGCACAGGGAGUGCUCUGGAACAGGGGCUGCUCUGGACACAGGGGCUGCUCUGGGCACAGGGACUGCUCUGGGCACUGCUCUCUCCUGGGGCACUGCUGAGCCUGCCAGGAACGCCCAGCACACAGCUGAACUCAGGAUUUGUCCUCCAGGGCACCUUCCACUUCCUCGCUGUGUUUGUACACUGAAGUAUCUUGUGUGUGAGGAGGAGGAGGUGUUUGUAUUUCUGUGCCUGUGCUGCAGUCGAGGCCCUGCUCCUUGGAAAGCAGCUGUUGCCAGUGUCCCCAAGCAGUGACACCCCCAGUCUGGCUCCUGGACUGUGCUGCCUGAAGAGGAGAUCCUCCCUUGUGCUGAAUUACGUGCACAGCAGCCUUGUUUGAUGCACACGUGAAAAGACAAUGAGCUGAGGAGUUUGCUGGGCUGAGGUCUCUCAGUGCUGUGCUCUGUGUGCACUCCCUGCCCUGGCUGGGCCUGAGGAGCCCCACUGCUCCAGCCCAGGUGAAGUGUGAGGGGCUGCUCCUCAGUGUCUGUAGAAAUCAGUACACCUGGUGCUCGAAAUGCUCCUGCAGAGAGCAGGUGAUUGUUUUCAGAAAGUAAAAGAAUGUUGUCCCUCUGUGAGUAGUAACUAACUCUGUUAGCAUCAACACAAAUCAGCUCUGGCAUGGUGAUGGCUGUCAGAGGUGCCUGUGAGUUAAAGAACAAAACUGGAAAUAUAUUUUUUACAAACACUACUUAACCUUCUGUUUUUAUUUUGAUGCUGCCUGUUGGGAGUUGCAUGAGUGGUAAAGAUGUAUUACAUUUUGGGUCAUCUUUUCACGUUAAAGGAAAAGAUUGAAUUUAGUUUAAUUGUUUUUUUUAAUCUUCUAAUCCAAGGGUUUUCACUCCAGCAGAAAUUCAGGUUGGAUCACAAGGAGAUGGUAAUUUAUUAUUAUAUUUAUGAUAAUUAUAUCUCUAUAUAUAAUUUUAUUAAUUUAUUAAUUAUGAUUUAUUAAUUCAUUUGUUGACGUUAUUAAAUAAAUUAAUCCGUUUGAUUGCAUAAAUAUCAUUAAUAAAUAAUUAAUUAUCAUUUCUUA